GUUCGGGAAACUUCCUUGUCUUCCAGCUCUUUGGUCCGCUAGAGCUCGGGCGGUGGGGGAGGAGCCUCGCCCGAGGAGGUGGCUGAAAAGGCGGGGAAAAUGGAGAAGGAGGCGGUGGGGGAGGCAAAGAUGUGUUCAGGCCAGGGAGCUGAGGAGGUGAAGCUGGAGCCUUUACAAGAGCGUAAGCCUGCUUCGGAGGAGAACUUGACGUGGAGUGACAGCGGCGGCGAUAAGGAGGUGCUCCCUUCAACCCCACCUCGCUGUUACAGCAGCUCUUCUCCCCUUUGCCCGCGCCGCAAGCCCCGCCCUCGGCCCCAGCCCCGGGCCCGAGCCCGAGCCCUGCCCGGGCCCUCGGCCCCACCCCAGCCUCCAGCCCCUCAGCUUCUGACCCGGCCCCAGUCCUGGCGCAGAUCGCGGCGUAGAUCCCGGCCUGGGUCUAGGCCCCAGGUGCUGCAAAGCUAUUCUCCUGACCUAGGUGGCUCUGCGGAUCGAGGUGGCUUAGGGGACUGGUUGCUGGAGGUGGAGUUUGAUCAGGGUCCUACAGGCUGCUCUCAUGUGGAGAGCUUUAAAGUGGCUAAGAACUGGAGGAAGAACCUGCGGUUGAUCUACCAUCGUUUCGUUUGGAGUGGGACCCCAGAAACUAGGAAACGUAAGGCAAAGUUGUGCUUCUGUCAUGUAUGUAGUACCCAUAUGAACAGACUCCACUCUUGUCUCUCCUGUGUCUUUUUUGGCUGCUUUACUGAGAAACAUAUUCACAAACAUGCAGAAACAAAACAGCAUAAUUUAGCUGUAGACCUCUAUCAUGGGGUUAUAUAUUGCUUUAUGUGUAAGGAUUAUGUAUAUGACAAAGACAUAGAACAGAUUGCCAAGGAAACAAAAGAGAAAAUUCUGAAAUUACUAACUUCCAUCUCAACAGAUGUUUCUCAACAGCAGUGUAUGACAUCAGGUGUUGAAGAGAAACAUUCAACCUGUGAGUCAAAGGAACAGGAGCCAAAAUUGGUGAAACCCAAGAAAAAGAGGAGGAAAAAGUCAGUCUGUACUGUAGGCCUGAGAGGGCUAAUCAAUCUUGGGAACACGUGCUUUAUGAAUUGUAUUGUCCAGGCACUUACCCAUAUUCCUUUAUUGAAAGAUUUCUUUCUCUCUGACAAGCAUAAAUGUGUAAUGACAAGCCCCAGCUUGUGUCUUGUCUGUGAAAUGUCUUCUCUUUUUCAUGCAAUGUACUCUGGGAGCCGAACUCCUCACAUUCCUUAUAAGUUAUUGCAUCUAAUAUGGAUUCAUGCAGAACACUUAGCAGGAUAUAGGCAGCAGGAUGCCCAUGAGUUCCUUAUCGCAAUAUUAGAUGUGCUGCAUAGACACAGCAAAGAUGAUAGUGUUGGGCAGGAGGCCAAUAACCCCAACUGCUGUAACUGCAUCAUAGACCAAAUCUUUACAGGUGGCUUGCAGUCAGAUGUCACAUGUCAAGCUUGCCAUAGUGUCUCUACCACAAUAGACCCAUGCUGGGACAUCAGUUUGGACUUGCCUGGCUCUUGUGCCACAUUCAGUUCCCAGAGUCCAGAGGGAGCUGACAGCACAGUGAGUAGGGAUGACCACAUACCAGGUAUUCCCUCACUCACAGAUUGCCUACAGUGGUUUACAAGGCCAGAGUACCUAGGAAGCAAUGCCAAAAUCAAAUGCAGUAGUUGCCAAAGCUAUCAGGAAUCUACCAAACAACUCACGAUGAAGAAAUUACCUAUCGUGGCCUGUUUUCAUCUCAAGCGAUUUGAACAUGUAGGUAAACAGAGGCGAAAGAUUAAUACUUUUAUCUCCUUUCCCUUGGAGCUGGAUAUGACUCCAUUUUUGGCCUCCACUAAGGACAGCAGAAUGAAGGAAGACCAGCCACCGACAGAUUGUACACCCAAUGAGAAUAAGUAUUCCUUGUUUGCAGUGAUUAAUCACCAUGGAACUUUGGAAAGUGGACACUAUACCAGCUUUAUCCGGCAACAAAAGGACCAAUGGUUUAGCUGUGAUGAUGCCAUCAUCACCAAGGCUACCAUUGAGGACUUACUCUACAGUGAAGGGUAUUUACUGUUCUAUCACAAACAGGGUCUAGAGAAAGAAUAGUCUUACAAGACACUUACCAGAAAAAAAAAGGAAAUGAAUAUACAAGGAUCCUGAAAUGACACAUAAACCUACCUGGAAUGGACAAUGACAAUACCCAUACAACAAUAAGCACCUCUUGAAGUUUCGCAAAAACCUACCUGGCAUUGACAAUGACAAAUAGCACCUAUAUGACAAGUAGCACCUUGAUAUAAAGAACCUAUUUUACCAUGGUUUAUGGGUCUGUAAGAGGAAAAAAAAAAUACUAACUAGUGACCAUUCAGCCUUAAGAAAUAGGGUGGGGGGGAGAAGAGGUUGAAAAUGGUCACAUAAAACAUAAUUAAAUGAACACAUUGUUUUAGAUGGGGAGAGUGGGAAUGGAGAUGUUCCGCCACUGCUGUAUGUCAUUUGUUUCUACAAAAAUACCAUGUGAAAUCAGGGAGUAUUUGUACAUCAACAAAAAGCUUCACAAUUGGUAUUCUAGCUGUGGCUGAUUAGUCAAAUGGUUUGAAAAAAAGAAUAUUGAAAAAAAAUUUUUAAAGCCUUACAAGAAAAUAUUUAAAAAGAAGAAAACUUUUUUUUUAAUUUUAAAAGAAAAUGUUUCUAAAUGUUGAAAAAUUUAAGUUAAAUAUUUUAAAAGAAAUUUUUUAAAAUUUAAGUUUUUUUAAUUUAAAAUUUCAAAAUUAUUUAAGGCUUAAAAAUACAUUUUUCUUAGUUUAGAAAAGGUAAAAUGAAUAAAACAAGGACAAAGAUAAAAAAUGAAAGUUUACAAAAAAGUUAAAGUGAAAUUUAAAGUUUUAGAAGUAAAAAGUUAAAGGGGAAUGGAGCUCUUAAAAGUUAAAUAAAAUGUUUAUAUUAAACAUUUUAAAUUAGACCAUAAAAUACACGUGUUGAAAAAUGAGAAGUUAGCAAAAUUCACGAAGAGCUUAAGAAAUAAAAUUUCCAAAAAUAUAGAAUGGGAUGAAAAUUCAAAUUUAAGUUUACAGAAAUAUUUUAAAGGAAGAAAAUUUAGAACAAGACAAGAAGACAAAAUUAACUUUUUUUAAUUAAAAAAAAAUUAGGGGUGCCUGGGUGGCUGUUGGUUAGGCAUCUGACUCUUUAUUUCAGCUCAGGUCAUGAUUUCACAGUUCGUGGGCCUGAGCCCCAAGUCAGGCUCUGCACUCACAGUACAGAGCCUGCUUGGUAUUCUCUCUCUCUCUCUCUCUCUCUCUCUCUCUCUCUGCCCCUUCCCCACUUGUUCUUUUUUCCUCUCUCUCUCUGUCUCUCUCAAAAUAAAUAUACAGUAAAAAUUUUGAAAAGGAAAAAAAAUAGAGAAAAAGGAAUUUUAAGAUAUAUAAAUAACCUUAAGGAAGUCCAAUUUGAGAGAUUUAAAUAAAAACUAAAUAAAAAGGAUUAAAAAUUUUUAAAUAUAAAUAAAAAUAAAUUAAAAACAUUUUAAAUAGAAAAAAACAGUAAAAUUUUAAAAAAACAAGUUUAUUUUUAAUUUAAACAUUAAAAUGCAUACGGGUAUGAAAAAUAAAUGGUGGAGAUAAGAAAAACAAAACAAAGGGUUUGUGAAUAUUUUUUGAAUAUUAUGUUGACACAUACAUAGAAUUUGAAAAAAAAAUAGUCUUAACCAUCAUUUUACAUCCAAUUGUGAGAUUGCUGCAAGGCUUGAACUCUAGCCUGCCUUCCCCUUUCAGGUUCCACACCCCAUCUGAUUUUUAAAGAAGUAGAGCUGUUUCUUAGGAAGAACCAACUGCAUCUGAAAAAGAUGAAUAGUAGGGACUCUCUCCCAUUUAGAACUGCAUUAUUCAUACAAAUUCUUUGCUACUGAAAAGUGGUUCUUGACAAUUUAGUGGCUUAGGGAUAUUAGAUCACAAUUUAAGCUCUGGCUUUGAUGUUCAAGCCCUAUGACCUGAUUGAGGAAGUGAUAGGGACCCAUAUCUGAGAGCAUACCAUCUUCUGCUCUCCCUCUUCUCUCUCCAUAGGCAAACAAGACCUUUAAAUUUCUACAGUAGAGUACAGUAGAGCUUUGUACUUGAUGGUCCUACUCAUUCCUUAUUCUCUCUUUUUUUUUUCCUUUUUCUAUUAUUCAUGCCUGGUUCCCUGAACCACUUAUUUACCUACAUUUCUGAGUGCCAGCCUGUAGGGCUCCUCUGACUGUUUAUCUGGUGGCUUCUAUUCCUCCUUCAAGAAUCAACUCACAGAUGACUUCUCUGGAGCCUUUUCUAAAUGUUCUACAAAGACAUAAAUUGGAAAAUUGUUCCUCACCCCUCUAUCCCUCUCACUGUGCCUCAAAGUACUUUGUCUGUACCUCAGUGAUAUUCUACUGUGAUUCUACUGGAGCUUUGUGAUUGUCUGCCCCUCUGUACUGAGCAUUCUGCUAACAGGGGGCCAAGCCUUAUUCAUUUCUGUGUUAAUAAAUGUUUGUUGAAUAUGAGG